AUGACCACCUAUCUUGCAUGUAACAAUGAUAACCAAUACCCAAACUCAGAUGAUAAUAUUUCACAUGACAAUCAUCGAAGUAAUCAGUAUGAGAAUAAUAAUAAUUCCGAUCAGAUUUCUGCGGAUUUAAAUGGAAACAAACAAGGAAUAUCCUUAGAAAAAUCGAUUUGUAAAGAAUCGCAUAAUACUAUGGAAAAGUCAUCAGAUGGUUGUAUCACAGAGCUUCAAAAUUCAUUACAACAUUACAAACCAUCUACAGGAAUGCAUCCAUUUGGUGAAUCUGAAAAUUAUCUUCGUGAUGAUAUACAGUCAUUAUUUCAACGUCACUCUCAAAUUGUUCAACGACUAGAACAACUUGAUAAAGAGCUACUGACAUUGUUACAUGAAGAAUGGUCAAUUACUGGAAACGUACCUUCAGACUAUGAAUCUUUAAGCAUGAAACUUGGUAUAUACAAUAAACCUGUAAAGAAUACAUCAUAUCCUUUAUCACAUGUAUUAGUUCAUAAAGCAAGUACAGUCAGUAUGAAACAAGAAUAUUAUGAAUUUCUAAAGAAAAAGAAGAAAUAUUUAACUAUUGCUACUAAUAAACCAACAGAAAAUGCUUCAGUAGAAUUUGAACCAACUAAAAUCAAUUCAGAAAUCGAUAAUUUUUCACUUCCAAAUGACGAAAUUAUCAAACGUCAUCAAAUACAGCACAACGUUUAG